CACGGGCGCUUACGCUUCUUUUCCGGCCCGAUUUCGGGUCACUGAUGUUUACACGUGCAAGUGGAAUCAUGUCUGCAUGCCGCUCUCGGAGGAAACGGAGAAAAUAGAAGAUCCACCGAGUUUUGUUGGAAGUCUCAUGGUCCACAUGAAGGAGGUUAAGAUCGGAGGGUUCGCAUGUGUGUUGGUGUUGUUAUUUUCUGGGCUUGUCACCUGCUCUGGUGCGUUUGGAAGCCCUUUGACUGACGAUGUGGCCACAUUGGACACUCUGAGAGAAAACAUUCCCAAGGAUUACAAAAUUCGCGUUCGAUACAUUACCAAAGACGUGGGAGGGACGUGCUGGGUUCACCUGAACCUGUAUCCAGUUGAGAGCAGUUUGAAAAACUUAGCCCUGAAGUUUGGUAACCUUUCAGCCAACAGAGAAAAUAUUACAAUCUUCAUCACAAUGCUGCAGGGACUUCGCUUCACCAUCGAUAAUGAGGAGCUGGAGUCAACAAUGCAGGCCUUCAGGUGUCAUUAUCGAAGUGCACGAUGGUCCACCAGACGUUAUUUUGACCACAUCAAAGAGGUUCUUGUAACGUUUGCCUCAACACCCCGCCAGUUUCACUGUACUCCUCCUCCAUGUCCCACCCCUACUGCACCUCCACUUACCGCAGAUCGGCGUGCGAUUGACAGAGCGAUCCCGGGUGUUCUAGCGCUGAUUAUCAUUCCCUGUCUUGCUGCACUUGCACUCGUUCUCAGAACAGUUAAGUUCUUCGUCGAAGAAUGUGCUGUGCACAACGGGGACAACGGGGAUGUGAAGAGACGAGUGACACGGAGCCACAAAGUGACCCUGAAGCCAGUGUAG